GAAUCCUUACUCCAAUGUAUUCUUCUGUUUUCUUCUUGUAUCUAAGAAAAUUCUUUCUUUUGUUCUUCCAUUAAAUUCCAAUAUCUUUCUUUUGUUUUCAUCGUUUCCUUUGAUUGGUUUGGAAAUUUAUGUUGAUAAUUUCUUGAAAAUACUUCACACCCAUUUAUUCUAAUUCUGUCAUUGUUUUUGGGAUUUUGAAAGUUUUAGUGAUUCGAUCCAUUUCUUGUUGGAUUUGGAUCCGUUUGCGAUAGAUUGAUCAAAUGUUUUCCGACCCAUUUCAGUUCAUCCUUUGAUCUCUCACUUGAAUUUUCACAAUUCGGUGCAUUUGUUGCUGAAUUAGAAUUGGUUUAUGGUAGAUUCUUGAAAAAUCUUCACACCCAUUUGUUCUACUUCUCUAAUCUUUGUUGGGAAGUUGAAUUUUUUGUAAUUUGAUCCAUUUCUUGUCGGAUAUGGAUUGGUUUUUUAUGGAUUAGUUGAAGAUGUCCAACCCAUUCUGUCUCCUUCUUUGAUCUUUAAUGGUCACUUGAAUUUUCUUAACUCCGUGCUUUCAUCCCCGAAUCAGAAUUAGUUAAUGGUAGAUUCUUGAAAAGUCUUCACACCCAUUUGUUCUACUUCUCUAAUCUUUGUUGGGAAGUUGAAAUUUUUGUAAUUUGAUCCAUUUCUUGUCGGAUUUGGAUCGAUUUUUUAUGGAUUAGUUGAAGAUAUCCCAACCCAUUCUGUCUCCUUCUUUGAUCUUUGAUGGUUACUUGAAUUUCCGCAAUUUGGUGCAUUCGUUGUCGAAUUCGAAUCGGUUUAAGCUAGUUCUUGAAAAUUCUCCCAACCCAUUUCUUCUCCUUCAAAUAUCUCUGAUGGGUAUUUGAAAUGUUUGAAUUUGAAUGCAUUUGUAGCCAGCUUCCGCUUUUGAUGAAUUCCUGAUGAAUAUAUGAAAAUUUCAUAACUCAGAUGCAUUCACAUUGAAUUUUUGAUUUGUGAACGGUGUUUGAUCUGUUCUUCCCACCAAAGUUUCAUCCUGGUUUGUUCAGAUAGAAGCCAGCUGCUAGAAUUCUGAUUCUUUCAAUUUGGAGUUGUUUUCGGAUUAGAGUCACAGCGCCCACUGUCACCCCUCUUUGGUGUUUUUAGAUCACAGAUUCCAUUUUGGACGUUGGAGAUCAACGGAUUGGAUUUGUUCUAAGGGUAGAUUGAAUUUGAGAACUAGUUUUUUUUCCCCCCCUGUUUUCAGCUACAUGUUUGGACUGAAUUCGAGUUUGGAUCGAUAGUUUAUUCAGCGGUAGAUUUUUUUAAUCCCAUCUCGACUUUGAACUCUUGCACUCGAAGUGAUUUUUUGCAGAAAUCACUGGCCUGAUGAGGAUUUUCAAGUUUUCUCCAUUGCUAGUCGGCUUUUCUGUUGCUAUUCUGAUUUUUGUGAUUAGUCUUGCGGUUUCAGGAACUUUUUCUAACUCUCUCUUUCGCAGUGGAUUCUCGGUCACAACUGGAGAUGUAGAAUUCGUGAAAAUAAUUCCGUCGAAGCGACCCGGCGAUCCGCCUAUCUUUGCUUAUUGGAUUUCGGGCACUCGCGGUGAGAAGGAGAAGAUCUUGAGGCUUCUGAAGGCGGUCUAUCAUCCGCGAAACCAAUACCUAUUGCAUCUUGAUGCUGGCGCUUCAACUUGGGAGAGGAAUCAGUUAUCCCUCUCGGUUCAAUCCAAACGGGUUUUUUCAGCUUUCGGAAAUGUCAAUGUGGUUGGUCGAGCUUACGCUGUUGAUCAGACAGGUUCAUCGGCUCUUGCCGCCACACUCCACGCGGCGGCUGUUCUGCUUAAGAUUAGCUUGGAUUGGGAUUGGUUCAUCACAUUGAGUGCUUCUGAUUAUCCAAUUGUAACUCAGGACGAUCUCCUGCAUGCUUUCACUUCUUUGCCAAAGGACCUAAAUUUUAUUCAACAAAGGAAGGAGUAUCGAAUGACUAAUCUGAUAGUUGUCGACCGAAAUCUCUACUCAUCGAAGAAUACCCGAGUGCUUGAUUCCAACGAAAUACGAUCAACGCCUGAUGCCUUCAAGAUCUUUGAAGGUUCUCCAUGGACGAUCCUAAGCAGGCCUUUCAUGGAAUACUGCUUGCAUGGCUGGGAUAACCUCCCAAGGAAGCUGCUCAUGUACUUUACCAAUGUGGCCCACCCUUUGGAAGCCUACUUCCAAACAGUCCUAUGCAACUCACCUCAAUUCCAAAACACCACUAUUAGCAAUUAUCUGUGGUACAUUGAGCUGGACACACCUCCACAGGUGGGCCCACAUGCCCUCAGCAUGGCCCACUAUGAUGUGAUGGUAGGAAGUGGGGCCGCCUUUGCCCGCCCUUUCAAGGAAGGCGACAUAGUGCUACAGAAGGUCGACGAGCACAUCCUAAGGCGCCCGUCGGAUGACGUGGUCCCCGGGAAGUGGUGUUCGGGCUGUUGGAAGGAAGGCGCAUGCUCGAAGUGGGGUGGCAUAGAUAUGGUGGAGCCAGGCCCAUAUGGGAAGAAGCUCAAACGGUUCGUGUCAAAGCUUGCUGCUGAGAGACUCCAAUCAAGCCAGUGUAAUUCGAACCGGUGAGGUGAAUGGUUGCUGGUUCUGAAACUCGGUGCUUGGCAUGUGACUCCGGCGAGUUGACUCAGUCAGGUGGUCGGGUCAUGGUGGUUGUAAUAGUACUAGUAUGAAUAUUGAGAAGAAUCAUGUGGCCCAGUUCAUCAGCA